AUGUGUCCUCCCCUCGCCUCCCUAGCGCCGCGGCCCGGCAGGCCCAUCGCGGGCCCGCUCGGCCCGUUCGCGCCGCCGCCGCGCGCCCGAGGCGCCCGCGCCCCCGUUCCUCGUCCCGAGCCAGGGAGGAGAGGAGCUCCUCCCGUUCGCCGGUGCGCCGCCGCGCCACCCGGCCUCACCUCUCCGCCCGCGCCCCUCGCCGUCCUCCGGCCACCGCCCGGUCACCGCCCCGCCCGGAGCUCGCCCGCGCCUCGCCGCCUGGAUCCCGCUCGCCGUCGCCGCCGACCAUCCCCGCGCCUCCCCGUCGGUGUAGCUCGCCGGAGCGCGCCGCUCCUCCCAGCUCCGGCCGGAUCCGCCCCGCGCCGCCCCAUUUUCGGCCUCAUCCGUCGCCGGCGCGCCGCCCUCGCCUCGGAUCCCGCCGACGACCGGCCCCGCGGCACUGACGCGUGGGUCCCGCGUUGA